AUGAAAGCUCAGUUGUUAAUUGGGUUGUUUAUUCUUGUUUUGCAAUGCUAUGCACUGUGCAAUUUCAAAAAAAUAGUGGAUCUAACUUGGAAUUUCGAUAAUGAUUCAGUAGCCUGGCCGGGGGUUCAACCUUUCGAGUACACAAAACGUGUAGAAAAUGAAGAGAGAGGAUAUUGGUACGCAGGUGGUGAAUUUCGAAGUGGAGAACAUGUUGGUACUCACAUGGACGCUCCUUACCACUUCUAUAAGUAUGGGUGGAAAGUUGGUAAUAUACCAGUAGAAAGACUUAUCGCUAAAGGUGCUUUACUUGAUUUACAUAAUGAGACCAACAGUAAUGGUGAAACAGGUAAUAUUAAUCUAGAAGUACAGCACCUAGAGAAAUGGGAAAGACAAAAUGGCCCUUUUGAGAAGGGAACUGUUCUUUUGAUAAAAUUUGGUCGGUCUCAACACUGGCUGAACAUUACUAAGUACUUCGAAAUGGACAGAGAGAAGAAUUUAAAUUUCCCAGGUGUAUCUAAGGGUGCUGCCGAGUGGUUGGCAAAUUCCGGUAAAUUCUAUGGGGUAGGGCUCGACACUCCAAGCAUAGACCCAGGGAAGAGCACCGACUUCAUGGCACAUCGUAUCCUAAACGGAAAACAGAUGUAUGUGUUAGAGAAUGUAAAGCUUAUAGAUGAAUUACCAAAUAGAGAGUUCACCUUGUUGGUAAUGCCCAUGAAACUGCGAGAAGGAUCUGGUGGUCCUGUACGUGUUAUUGCUCUCCCGAAGAAAGUUUUUGACGAUUAA